AAUCUGUCAGAGAGAAGCUGUGAAGCUCUGUCCUCAGUUCUCAGCUCCCAGUCCUCUAGUCUGAGAGAGCUGGACCUGAGUAACAACGACCUACACGAUUCAGGAGGGAAGCUGAUCUCUGAUGGACUGAAGAGUCCACACUGCACACUGGAGACUCUCAGUCUGUCAGGCUGUCUGAUCUCAGAGGAAGGCUGUUCUUCUCUGGUCUCAGCUCUGAGCUCCAACCCCUCCCAUCUGAGAGAGCUGGACCUGAGCUACAAUCAUCCUGGAGACUCAGGAGUGAAGCUACUCUCAGCAGGACUGAAGGAUCCUCUCUGGAGACUGGACACUCUCAGAUGUGAAGUUAAUGAAAGAAAGUUGGAUGUACUUUUUCUUCACAUGAUGAGCAGCUUUUGGUAAGUUUAAUGGAUUUUUCAGCAUUUUAGUGAAAUUAUUUUAUAGUUAUUACUGCUUGCUUUAGGUGUUAAAGAUUUGAGCAGUGUCAGUGGCCGCUGUGCCUUUGUGUGUUAAGCCCCCGCUGAUUGGCUGGAAUUUGUAGGGAAGCCUGUUGAUUGCUGAUUGUGUUAUUUUUGUUUUUGAUUGCUUUGUGGUCACCGUAUGAGUAAAUAUGACCGGUUGUUGAGGGUUUGUUUUGGUUUCUUUGGUAAUUCCAUUCAUUUUGACUAUAUGUGAUGCAGCAUCUUGUCAUACUACGUGAAAGUGAUGCUUCAGUCAGCGUGUGUUCAUGUCUCUGCAGUAGUGUAUUAGGUGUCUCUAGGUGUUAAAUCACGUUAUUCCACACGGUAAUGUCCUAGUGUCAUGGUGAGGUUAUUCAAUAACUGGAGGAUAGUACUGAAGGCCCAGGUGUAGAAUACAUGGCUUUCUUUGAGAAAGACAUUUCUACAGCAGAAGUUUGCGCUCCACCAGACGCUCAACUAACAUAAACAA